AUGUCAUCUACCCAAGUUCAACUUGCCGAUCUCCCUCGAUCUGGUUACUGCCAUUCAGGCUGCGGCAGCGAUGCAGGCUCCACCACAACCACAGGCACCACGACCACAGAUUGCGCCACCACCACAACUGAUGGCGGCCCUUUUGCAGACGACGACAAACUAUCAAUAACCUCCAACAGCACCACCGCUACUACCACAAGUAAUGGCUGCUUAUAUUCAGACAACGCCAGCUCAAAAAGAGCAACCGCCGGCACCGAUACAUCUAAUGGCGGCCCAUUUUCAGAUGACCCGUUUUGUCUCAUGGUGUACGUCGAUGACGAGAUGACGGCGUGCGAAGAGCAUCUGAACGUAAUCCGCCAACAGCGUGAGGUCCUGUUCCAAAAUGAUCAUCUCACGGCGCGGUGCGCGGCGAACGUCGAGAGGGCCGAAGAGGAGCUGCGCCGUGUGGCCGCCUUCGCGAGGGAAUGCAAAGUGCCCUGGGCGUACGCUUUUUUGGGGAAGACCCUCGGAGAGAACGCCAAGGCUGCCCGGAGGGAGCAAGAGGCCAAGCUGCGUGGGCUUCUAUCAGGGGUGAUGUACAGGUUUGAGUCCGCCAGGCUGCGGUGCGAGCUGACCAGGGGGAUAGUCAGUGCCAUCCGGAGGGCGCUUGAGGCGCUCAGGGAAAGGGCCAACGAGCCGUGGGCCGUCGUCUCCGAGCUGAGGGAGCGGCAGGUUGAGGUGUACCAGUACAGUGAUUCCAAGAUCUGUAUUAAGGUGCGGCAUGAGGGGGAGCCACCACGCACGGAAGUCUUGGAGGCGCAUAAGCGGGGGAGAGAUUUUUGGAUGGAGCAGAAGGUGCUGAUGAGGGACGCUCUUGAGAUGGAGAAGGUAUUGAUGUCUACGGCGACAAAGUGUGCUGUAGCGGCUGGGGAGGUGAGGGGGUUUAAGGAGAAGGGACUUGAAGGGAUGAUACGGGGCGUCAAGCGUGUGGUUGAUGCGAUGACGAAGAGAGAGGCGAGUGAGAAUGGGUGUGAGACGAGUUUAUGGGGCAAUCUGCGGGCUGUCAACUGGUCCAGGAUGCGGUUUUGGUGA